UCUCAGUCAGUCAGUGCCCUUUGGUUUGAUCGAAACACUCACUUACAAACAAUUAUUUCCAAGAUCUUUUAUUAGUUUUGUAAAUCUCUUUGUAGCAACUUUAACUCACUUCGCCAUGAAUUGCAUCGGGCAAAUCAAUGAUCUGUUUUGCCACGUGGUGCGCACCUACCUGGGCAUAAGCAUAUCCAGUUGCGAAACCUACUCCAUCUGGAAGUUCCCGGCUGAUUUCAAUUCGAAACUGUUCUACUAUGUUCUCGGCAUCAGUGUCCUUGGAGCGCUCUACAAUGUUCUGAAAAUCAUUGACCUUUCCUUUCGGAAAUACGGCACUCCUCUGGUGAGGAUGGGGCGGCCAAGGAAAGUCAUGAAUUUGAGUGGCAAUCAAAUGCGCCGCUUUCGAAUCGCCGAAUGCUUUUUAUUGACCAAGGCGUGGACACUAAUGAUAUACGCCUUGGUAUUCAUGAAGCCGCAUUACAUUAAUCCCUGGGUGCUGCUUUGUGGCACCACCUUGACCAUCGAUGUGUUCAUCCUGGCAUUCGAUGUCAUGCGUCAACUCGAGAUAGGCCUGAUCCCCUUGAUGGUCCUCUGGUUCAAGUUGUCCAGCAUGUGCUGUGUCCUCUGCGUGCAGCGGCUCCUCCAGCGACUGAUCGGUAUGCAAUAAGGGACGCAGGAUUUUCUUUGUUUGAUGAACAUGAUGGGAGCCGUCUAAGGAUGUUCAAAAUUCUCAGUGACAUGUAGCUGUUCCAGAAAUAGCUAUCCAGAAAUAUAGCGAAUACAGUCGCUCCCCUGA